GUUCAUAAUGUAAGGCUCAUUCAAAAUGUUUUAUGGUAACAGGCACAAUCCAUACUUUAAGAAUCUAAACUUAAAAUAAUUUAUCUAGAUCCAUUUUGUAUAAACCAUUAUAUACAGUAGAAUUAUUAUUGAUCCAGUUAUGCAGUAGUACAAUUAUAUUGUACUUAAAUUUUCUUAGGCAAAAUUUUAAUUGCUAUAUUAGAUGAUAUUUAUGAAAAUGUCAAUUGUCUUUGUCGUGAAUAGAAAAUGUUACAAAAAAGCGGUAUUAAAUUCUUUCGAAUUCAUAAACUACUCAUUAUCAGUUAUAUCACUCAAAUGCUAUUAUUAAUUAAUUUCAUAAUCAAAAUAUUGUUUUAUUAUUGAACUUAUCUAACUAGCGACUCCCUUUAUGCCAGUUUCAUAAAAAUUAGAAAUAUCAUCUGCUUAGGAAGGACUUGAGUAUAAAUUAAUAAAAGUUUAAUUAACCUGUGGAUAUUAACAAAAUGGCACUUCAUAAAAUAAUUUCAAACAGAUAUCAUACUUAUAAAUGCUCUCUAAAGUAGUUUUAUCAUUAUCACUGAUUUAAUUUGAUAGUGUUAUUUAUUCAUAGAUACUAAUUAAAUUUGCAUCGAAAUUCACUUCACUUUCUUCAAAUAGUUGA